AUGCAUCCUCGAAACCCAUACCAGAAUCCGCCUGAUUUUCAACAGCUAGCGGAUGCAUAUCCGCCCCUUAAGCCCUACCUCGUUUAUUCAUACCACGGAGUCACCAUCGACUUCAUGGACGAGAGCGCACAAAGGUCUGACUCUUCACAAAUGGGCUGUCGCGUGCUUAUUUACCCACCGUAUUCGAUAAUUGAAACGCAGAACAGACGGUUGACCGAAGCGCUUCUUUACCGAGACUUCCAGGUCACCAUCAAUAUACCUGAAGACCGUAUCUGCCCGCCAGUCCCAAACAGAUUGAACUAUAUUUUGUGGCUUCAAGAUGUUGUCGAUGCGACCGCUAUCGCAGAACCAACGGACUCUGAAAGAAAAAUUAGUGGAAUUGACAUGAGCUUCUACAAUCUAUCCUCUUCUGGGCUGCCGUUCUCGCCCUCUCUGGACUUUUGUUGCAACUGGUCAGUUGUUACACAUCGUGGACUGGCAUCUUUGUCAUUCACCAGUUCACUCUUGUCUGGCAACCGCCUGUUCAACCCAGAUGUCGAUGAGAAAUCACUGGAGAGCGCUCGUUUUAAUGUUCGGCGGAAUAACCUCGACGACCGUAUCACUGUUGUCAAGAGUAAACCCUCAGGAUCGAUGCUUCUGCAUCUCUUUGAAUCAAACUCAGACGGCGCGUCUACUUCCAAUGGCGUCCAUUUUGAUUUCACGAUGUGCAAUCCCCCAUUUUAUCGUAACCGCGAGGAGAUAUUACGCUCCGCGGAGGCAAAGGAAUUCGGGCCGGCGGCUGUGUGCACGGGAGCAGACGUCGAGAUGAUCGCCCCAGGCGGAGAGGUUUCCUUCGUCGGCCGAAUGGUGCAGGAGAGCGUUGAGAUCCGAACAAAAUGCAGAUGGUAUACGUCCAUGUUGGGGAAGCUGUCGUCCCUGACGGAAAUAGUGACCCUCCUGCGCGUACACCAUGUAGACAAUUACGCAUGUACUGAAUUUGUACAGGGGAGGACACGGCGCUGGGCGAUUGCCUGGUCAUUUGGUGACGUCCGGCUUCCUGACUGCUUAGCGCGGAUAUCAAGCACUGAAGCGCAGAACCUCAUGCCUGCGCGCAACACGUUGCGGCAGUCAUACCCUCAAGCAAAGUCCCUAGUGCAUUUGGCGUCGGUCGUCACAGCGAUUUGCGCCCUCCUUCAUGACAUCUCGGUUCGAUCUCCUCUUCCGGGAGAGCAGUGUGCCGGUGCCGGACUGGAAAUCAUAAUAGCUGCCCCGCGCGAUACCUGGUCGAGAGCAGCACGCAGGAAGAAAGCGCAUGGAAUCACUAUGCAGACCGAGCCGGAUUCGAGUGCAGAGCCGAUACUGGUCUGUCGGAUUGUGUGUGUCGAGGAAGGUGACAAUAGGAUGAGAGAGGAGAGUGCUUCUGGGAGUAUUAAGCUGCGAUUUGACUGGAUGAAAGGGAGAGAUAGAUCGUUGUAUGAGAGUUUUACUAGCCAUGUCGGUAGAAAAGUUGCUGCUGCGUUAGGGGCAUGUUAG